ACUCAAUAUGAGCGUCAGCGAGAGCUUGCCUGAAAGAGUCCGAGAGGACAUCGGGACGAUAAAGUCAUCCCAUUACAAUGAUGUCAAUCUCCUGACAGCAUUGGAUAGAACCGCAAAUGCACUUAGGAAUGCCCAUUACAGACUCCUCGUUGGAGAGAUGGCCAUUGCUUCAGCGCUGACCCAGAUUCUCUCAAGAUGCGUGAAGGAUGGGGAAACUAGGCACUCUGCGCAGGUGGGCCGGGUCGUAGCCAAUCUCGUAGCGGACUGCGAUCCAAACCGAGACUUGAUGGUGGGAGCUGGCUAUAUCUCGGCCGUCAUAGAGAUGCUGGGCAGUCAUCCUUCGCUGGACUGCGCACGGCCUCUAGUCGCAAGUCUCCUGAAUCUAACCAUGAAUGAUCAUGACGCGGCCUUAAACCAAUUGGCCGACUGGACAGCGAUCACUUCGUUGCUUGAAAUUGGGCAUGAAAACGCUGACGAUAUGCUGGCUCAGUGGUCAGCAGACAUUACAACUAAGGUCGUUGAGAAGCACUCCGAAGCUCUCGCGAAGAGUGUGGACUCGGCUGUGUGGGAUGUUCUGCUCAGACCCAUGCAUUGCUUCAUUCCCCCUUUCAAAGACGAUCUCGCCGAGUCGACCAUAUUCAUUCUCCGGGCCGCCUGCGAAAUCUUGGAGCUUUUGCCAAUCUACGUCCUCAGAUAUCCACCCAUCGACGUACUGACUAACUUUGUUGAGCGCGGGGAUGUGCCAAAAUGGGACGCCGAUGGUGAAGAGGAUCCAGCAAAGCUCUUGUCAGAUGCGAAGGAAGCGACUAUCACGGCGCUAAGUGAAAUGGCGUCCGGCCUCGACGAAGACAAUACACUCUGGGAGGUGAUGAGAGCUUGGCUCAGCCUCUCGGACCGCGAAGAUUUGACGAUAUGUGCGCUGCUGUGCUAUGGAAAUUAUGCCCAAGAUAACGCUAAGGCUGAAAGUCUGGUUCAAGGUACAAAUGCUAUCAUGGAGGAUGUUCUGUCACUGCUCAUCGCAACGACACCGGCCAAAGUUCAACACGCAUUAUUCGGAAUGUUGCGGAAUCUGUCUAUUUCGCCGUCCAAUAAGAAAUAUAUUGGAGAUCAUGCGGUAAUUGAGAGAGUUGUAAGCAUGAGACCAUGGGUCGACGAACGCGAUUUGGUGGGAUCGGUCCAGGGUGGCGCUAUCGGCUUGAUCAAGAAUCUUUGUAGGGACAAUGGGGCCAAUGCAAAGAGGUUCCUGGGCACCGAUCAAACAUCCCUCUUAGCCUUAAUGACUCGGACAGAUGAUCAAGCUUUGCGUUUCGAAGCCACGAGGAUAUACGUCAAUGUCAUUCGCAGCCUUAGCCAGCAAGGUGAGGUAGCCAAGGUCAACGACCAAGUCAUUGGUUAUCUGUCAGAGAUGAUUCGACUCGGUCACCAACUUCCCGUUCUGAUCAAUGAAGGUAUAAUCGCAUUGACACUCAUAUCGACGUUCACGCCAGCCAAAGCCUCUCUCGUGGCGGCAGUCUUGGAAGACAAAAAGACCGGGGACGGGCCGGACUCAGCUCUUGACGUUUUGAGAAGCCUUAUGCAGAGCUCCUCGGAGGAUACGCAGGGCAUCAGGGAGAAUUGCAAAGUCUUAGCCGAGCAGCUGACUCUGCUCCUCUCUGAUAAUUCCGCAAAGCCCAUCAUAUCUGGCUUAAUCAAUGCAUGAAUCGUCGUAUCGCCCCCAG